ACCAUUUUUGUCAUUUUUCUUGGUCAGAAACUCGAAAUAAAUGAAAUUGGAAAGAUCUUCACGUAUAAGUAAACGAAUGAAAUAAAGUUAGAACUUAGGAGCAUGUGGAACAAAUUUUUUGUCAAAAAAGAAAAAACAUCUAUUGAACAAACAAGCUUCCAUAGAAGACAUCCAUGGCUACAAUCUUGAAAAAUCACAGCUUUAUUACUUUCUUGUUCCUUUUUCAGCUCUUACCAUGUCAUAUACAUGGGUUUAAAAUACCAUUUAAUCCAGAAGAUAUUCUUCCAUUAUUACCAAGACAAAUUUCAUGGCCUAUACUAAACUCUCUUCACAGUGCAGAGGACUUAAUGCCUACUUUUGUUGGGGUUGCUCCAAUUGAAGGGAAUAAUACUUUGGAGUGGAAAGGUGCAUGCUUUUACAAGAAUAUUGCUUGGUUAGAGCUUCAUAACAAGUCUAAUACUCAAUUUGGUGGUGGCACCCUUCAUAUUAAGGUGAGCAAUGCACACAGUUGGACAUGUAUGGACCUUUACGUCUUUGCAACCCCAUAUCGUGUAACAUGGGACUACUACAUAUUGUCCCGUGCACAUACUCUCGAAAUCAAAGAGUGGGAGUCUCAAGCUGAAUUAGAAUAUGUCAAACAUAAAGGUAUCUCAAUUUUCCUAAUGCAAGCAGGAAUGUUAGGAACUUUUUCAGCACUAUGGGAUGUUCUCCCUUUGUUCACGGACACUGGAUGGGGUGAGAACUCAAAUAUCGGUUUUCUAAAGAAACAUAUGGGCGCUUCAUUUGAACAACGUCCGCAGCCAUGGGUCUCCAACUUUACUACUGAUGAAAUACAUUCUGGAGAUUUUCUUGCCAUUUCGAAAAUUAGAGGUCGCUGGGGUGGUUUCGAAACUUUAGAGAAAUGGGUAUCUGGAGCUUAUGCUGGCCAUUCUGCUGUUUGCUUGAGAGACUCCGAAGGAAAACUAUGGGUUGGCGAAUCUGGAAAUGAGAAUGAUAAGGGGGAAGAUGUUAUUGCUAUAUUGCCAUGGGAAGAGUGGUGGGAGUUUGAGCUGACAAAAGAUGAUUCCAAUCCACAUAUUGCGUUGCUUCCUUUGCACCCUGACCUCCGUGCCAAGUUUAAUGAAACUGCUGCUUGGGAAUAUGCAAAAAGCAUGGCAGGCAAACCUUAUGGUUACCACAACUUAAUAUUUAGCUGGAUCGACACAAUUGAUGGAAAUUACCCCUCACCAUUGGAUGCUCAUCUGGUUGCUUCUGUCAUGACUGUUUGGAACCAACUACAGCCUGCAUAUGCUGCUAACAUGUGGAAUGAAGCCUUGAACAAGCGACUCGGAACUCAGAACCUUAGUCUUCCUGAUGUUCUUGUGGAAGUUGAAAAGCGUGGAUCCUCUUUUGCCAAAUUGUUGACUAUUCCAGAGCAGGAUGAUUGGGUUUAUAGUGAUGGAAAGUCAACAUCAUGUGUUGCUUUUAUUCUUGAAAUGUAUAAGGAAGCAGGAUUAUUUGGUGAACUUGCAAGCUCAAUUCAAGUUACAGAAUUCACGAUAAAAGAUGCUUAUUCUCUCAAGUUUUUCGAAAACAAUUCAAGCCGGUUGCCAAAGUGGUGCAAUGCAGAUGAUAAUGUGGAGCUUCCUUUCUGUCAAGUUCGAGGAAAGUACCGGAUGGAAUUACCUGGAUACAAUAGUAUGGAUCCGUACCCCCAUAUGAAUGAGAGAUGUCCAUCUAUGCCUCCGAAAUAUUACAGACCUCAAAGUUGUUGACAAGAGUUUCCCAUCUUCCUUUGUUUAUCAGAGGUUAGCAUGUCGCAUAUAAUUCUUCACUCAUCAGUUCUCAGGUUGUUGUACAAUUCCCUAGGUACAAGGUUGCUGAUAGACAUAUAUGUUGCUCUUAUUUAAGAGUUUGUACAGAGUUUGGUCUUUCAGUGCUUCUUGAAAGUUGCACAGGCCAGAAUGCUAGCUUGACAAGUUCCUUGUUACUGAAUGAGCUUGGGAAAAUGAAUCCCAAAGACUUGUAAAUAUGAAAUAGAGUUGGUAUUCUAAGUGAAUGUUAGUUGUUCCUUUCUGCC